UAGUGCGCAUAUGUAGGGACUAAGACGCUGCUUGGGACGCAGGCGGUUAGUGAGCUAAGAUGGCGGCGUGUAUUACAGCGAGCCGGCGCGGGGAGACUCUUUAUUCUACUCAAAAUGAUCUGGUGCCGGAAUGGCAAAGGCAAGAAGUCAGCACAGGGACCACCAUCAUGGCGGUGGAGUUUGAUGGCGGUGUGGUGAUCGGAGCAGACUCUCGUACCACCACUGGAGCCUACAUUGCAAACCGAGUGACUGAUAAACUCACCCCGAUCCACGACCGUAUCUUCUGCUGCCGCUCGGGAUCUGCGGCCGACACUCAGGCCAUCGCAGAUGCCGUCAGCUACCAGUUGAGCUUUCACAAAACUAGUCUCGAAACGUUUUGA